CGAGAAUUGGGAAGCAGCACCCUGACCGGGUGGUAGAAACCAGCACGCUUUCCAGCGUCCCUCCUCCAGAUAUCACCUAUGUCCUCUCCCUCCCCGAAUCCAUUGCCGAAAACGGGUUGCUCUCUGCACUGCAGCUGGAAGCCAUCGUUUACGCCUGCCAGGAACACGAGAACUUGCUUCCCAGUGGUCAGAGAGCUGGAUUCCUGAUAGGAGACGGAGCGGGCGUAGGGAAAGGCCGGACCGUUGCAGGGAUCAUCUAUGAAAAUUAUCUGAAGGGAAGGAAGAAGGCUCUGUGGUUCAGUGUCUCAAAUGAUCUGAAAUACGAUGCUGAGAGGGACCUGAAGGAUAUUGAAGCCCCUCACCUCCCUGUCCAUGCUUUAAACAAGGUACGUUUUUUUCUUCUCUCCUUUUGCUUCCUUUCUCUUCCCUCCCACCCCAACCCCCAUGGGGAAAAAAUUGAGAUACCAUCCCAAACUCAGGUAGAAGAGGAAGAGGAGGGCGACGAUGACGAAACAGAGGAACUGGGUCACACAGAGACGUAUGCCGAUUAUAUCCCUUCCAAAUCAAUUCCUUCUCCCAUCCAACCCACCGGCCUGUCUUCUUCGGCAGGUGCCUCUGAGCCAAAGAAUAUGAUUUACAUGAGUCGGCUGGGAAUAUGGGGAGAAGGCACCCCCUUUCGCUCCUUUGAUGACUUCCUCCACGCCAUCGAAAAGAGAGGUGUUGGGGCUAUGGAGAUCGUUGCCAUGGAUAUGAAAGUGAAUGGGAUGUACAUCGCUCGACAACUCAGCUUUUCCGGAGUCACGUUCCGGAUAGAAGAAAUCCCACUGGACGCGGCAUAUAAGGACGUGUACAACAAGGCAGCGAAGCUGUGGGCAGAAGCCCUGGUGGUUUUCCAAAAGGCUGCGGACCUCAUUGGCCUGGAGUCCCGGAAGUCUCUGUGGGGUCAGUUCUGGGGGGCUCACCAGCGCUUCUUCAAGUACCUCUGCAUUGCUGCCAAAGUCCGGCGCCUGGUGGAGCUGGCCAAGGAGGAGCUCAGCAAGGGCAAGUGCGUGGUGAUCGGGUUGCAGUCGACGGGGGAAGCCCGCACCCGGGAAGUCCUGGAUGAGAACGAGGGGCACCUGAACUACUUUGUCUCGGCAGCCGAAGGCGUCUUCCUUUCACUAAUUCAGAAGCACUUUCCUUCAACCAAACGAAAAAGAGAAAGAGGAAGUAACAAUAAAAGAAAACUGAAGCAGAGAGUUCGAGGCCUUAACAAAGUGAUGAGAACCGCCCACGACCACUACAACAACAGCAGCAGCAGCGACAUCAUUAAGAUCAGCUCCGAGAGCAGCACCGAAUCUGAGCCGGGUUUGGAGAGCGAUUUCAAUUCCUCUCCGGAGUCCCUCGUGGAAAUGGAGGACAUGGCCAGCAGAUACAAGCCCAUCAAUGGUGCCAUGUGUAACGCCCAAAAGGAGAUGAACGGAUUAGGGACUCCGGAAUGCGUGGAGAACAUGAAGCAGGAACUGCUGUCUCAAGUGAAGAAACUGGGCAAAGAGCUACCUCUUAACACUUUAGAUGAAUUGAUCGACUACUUUGGAGGCCCGGAAAAAGUAGCAGAGAUGACCGGGCGGAAGGGACGAGUCGUGCGGAGGCCCGGUGGCUCCGUGGUGUUUGAAUCGCGAGCUGAGCAAAGCCUUUCGAUCGACCACGUGAACCUCAAGGAGAAGGAGCGAUUCAUGAAUGGAGACAAAGCCGCACACACCGUUCCAACCAGGUCUCUGCUCCAGAGUACAUUUUUCUCAUCUCCGAACUGGCUGGAGAACGGCGGUUUGCAUCUAUUGUGGCGAAACGCCUAGAAAGCCUUACUUGGCUCCGGGCAUUGACGAAAUCUACGAAGAGAGCAAAGAGGUUUUCCUAACGCCAGGCCACCCACAGGAUGGCCAGGUGGUCUUUUACAAGGUAAGACUUCGCAAGAGGUUGUUCUGGUUACCUAGUUUUGGGGAGCACCUCUCUCUCUCUCCCACUCCCUAAACUAACUACGAGCACUCUGCCCCCCUGCAGUUCCGAAGCAACAAAUAUAUUAGCCUCCUAGCCGAACAGACCCGUGGGAAAUACUUCACCCUCUACAAGCCCAACAUCGGGAAGCAGAGCCAGCUGGAGACCAUGGACAGCCUUUUUAGAAAGUACCAGCCGGUGUCACCGGCGGAUGCUGAGCCCCACUGGAAGAGCACUUACGAAUUCUCCCUGAAGCACUGCAACCACACCGCAAGGAACAGGAACUGCAAGGUUGUCCAGGAAAGAAAGGAAUGUUUCCAAGGCACGCGUUUACGGCACUAUUACAUGCUCUGCGGGGCUCUCUUGCGCGUCUGGACCAAAAUCGCUAGCAUCAUGGCUAAUAUCACCAACACCAGCUACCUGCAGAUCGUCCGCCUCAAGACCAAAGAGAAGAAGAAGCAAGUGGGGAUCAAGAUACCGGAAAAUUGUGUCCAUCAGGUGUUGAAGGAGUUGAAGCAGAUGGACGAGAACGUCAAACAGAAGCAGAAGCAGCAGCAGCUUCAAGCCAUGUUGGGCCCCAUGAUGGCCAGCCAGCCCUACCCGCAGGUCGUCCCACCGCUGGACCUCAGCCAGCCUCCAGUAUUUCUCUCUGCCCAGCCCACUUCCUUGCUGCAGGACGAGGUCUGGGAUCUGACCAACAGCCCACCCGGGGAAGUCCUUCCUGACUUCUGGACGCACCCAUCUCCGCCACCUCCUCCGCCGAACGUUCCACUCCCCCCUGCCCCCUCGCAGUUCAACUUCCACGCGCCCUACGACAGCAGCGCAGCGUUGGUGGGCAGCCUGGCGCUCGGCGGCUCCCCUUCCCAGCACGAACCCUUGCCCCCGACGCCAGCCCUGCCCCUCCCCCUGGCAGACAAUUUCUCCCCAGCCAGCCUGAACUUCCGGGAACUCUUGGAGGAGAUGAUGCUGAACUCCAACGGUUUGGUGGGCGAGAACAGCGAGCAGGAGCGCCAGAGCGUCAUCCAGUUCAGCGGACCCCUCUCCGACCUCUAUGAUGCCAGCUGAGUUGGGGAGAUGGGAGGGGAGAAGAGAGGGGGGGGGCUUCUUUACACCAUGCGUGGGAGGGGGUGUUUGUUUUUAAUCCUGGGUUGGAACGGACCACUUCAAAAAAAGGGGGGGGGCUGGGCGCAGAGAACUCUACUUAAGAGAAACAAAGUUUAUUUAUAUAUAAUAUACAGUCAAGCCUGUACUAAUUUUUUUAUAUGUAUGUACAGAGAGAUAUGUACAAAGAAGGGUUGUGGGAGAAGAGAAAUGGAAGGGGGGGGAAGGGAAAAUUAUGCCGAAAUACCAGGGGAAUCGGGCACUUUAGAAAAACGGCUACGUGCCGGCUUCCUUAUCCACCUGUUGCUUCUCAGUACCAGGCUGGGCUACCCAACAACAACAACAACAACAACAACAAAAAACUACUGACUUUGAAAAGUGAGAAUCAUAAAAUGGUUGUAUUGCUCACUUAGCUUCCAUUAGCCUCUGCUAACAUCGCCAGAGUGUAAAAACUCCCAUUAAAGAGAUACCUGCCUUUAUACACCAUUAAUCAAUUUGACAAUUGCGCAUGUGAUAGACCCAUUCACCCGCCUCCCACCUCUCACCUGAUGUUAGCAGAGACUAAUGAAAGCUGUGAGCCAUAUAUUGUAAGUUCCGGAGAUCAC